AUGAAUGUUAAGUGGCUUUUUCAAUCUAAUAGACAUGCAUCAGAACAACCACAACAAAAUACCAAACUUUCAACACCUGAUCAAUUCAUUUUUACUUGGACAGUGAGAGAUUAUCAUGAGGUAGCAGAUCUUUAUCCAACUGGUAGAUGGUUUUAUAGUGAUAGUUUCGUUGAACCAAGUCAUCCUCAACCAACUUCGAAAAUUUCUAAUGAUAAUUCAGAUUAUUUAUGGCGUAUGUGUAUGUAUCCAAAUGGGGUAUCACAAAAUGAUAAAAAUUAUUUAGGUUUAUUUCUUAAAGCCAUUCCAACAGAUCAUGAAAGAGAUGGUAAUUCUUCGGGAAGAGAAAGAACUUAUGCAUUUGAAGUUUAUAGAUUAGAAUCAUCAUUAUCAACUUCUUUGAUAGUAAUAUUUGGUCGUCGACAAUUUUUAAAAUUAUCAGAAGUUUAUCCGGAUCCGACGAGUAAAUUUGAUUUAAUAGUUCGAGUACGUAUCACCAAUGAAGAAAAUGCUGCAAUGAUGGCGGCCAUAGCGGAUGGGACACAUGGAGAAUUUCCUUUAUCCACACAAAUUCCUAAAUAUUUUGAUGAUGAUCGAUUUUGUGAUGUAGAAUUUACAUUUCAAGAUGGAACUCGUAUUAAAGCACAUAGAAUAAUUUUAGCAUCACAAUCCAAAUAUUUUGAAUCAUUAUUAAGUGGUCAAUGGGUAGAAGGCCGAAGUAAAAUUGUACCAAUUAAAGAAAUUGAUUAUGAAAUUUUUCGAUGUGUAUUAUUUUAUCUUUAUACGGGAAAAUUGGAAGAAAAUCUUGAAUUAGAUAUAUUAAAAACUGCAUAUAUGAAAGCUGAUAUGUUGGGAUUAGAAACAUUUGGAAAAUUACUUGCUAAUCGUAUUGCGGAAGAUGUAAAUAAUGAUAAUUGGGAUGAAAUUUUAUUAUUAGGAUGGCAAAUGAAUGAUUCAUGUUUAAAAAAUGCCGCUAUGCAAUUUAUAGUAUCGAGGUGGGAUGAAUUAAAAAAUACGGAGAAUAUGCAAAGAGUAGUUGCUUGUGGAAAUGUUGAUUGGAUUGAAGAAUUAAUAGCAUCAAAAAUAUUUGGAGUUCAUGAUUCUUCUGAUAUUUCAAAUAAUCUUCACGGAGCCGUUACAAAAGCUAUAACCCAAAAAGUUUUAACAAAUCUAGUGGAUAAAGAAGAAGUUUCAUGUAAAACUUAUGGGAAACAAUCUGAUCAAUUCGAAACACCUUCACCAAAUGAUUUGAAUGAGAUGGAUACAAAAAUUCAAGAACUUAAAAAAGAAGUUAAUGAUUAUAAAGAUCGAAACAAACAAUUACAAUCAGUGCUAAAUGGAUUAAAUAAUUCUUUAACCAAUGAACAAAUCGAAACAAAGAUUAAUGGAUUAGAAAAAGAGAAUAAAGGAUAUGAAGAAAGAUUAACAAUUCUCAGAUCAGGUGCUAAGCAAUUAACAGAAGAAGAAAAGAAACAAAUUGAUGAACUUUAUGAGAAAAAUCGGAAACUAUGGAGACAGAGAAAAAGAAUGUUUGAAGAAAUAUUCAAUCAAAUAGCUGAAGCUACCGAAAGAAAGACCAAAGAUCUUGUGAUUAACUUAACUUUUAUUGAAUUGGGCAUUGAAACAGACCCGAUCGACAUAAAUGAAGAUCCUUUAAAAAAUUUUAAUUAUUUAUUUUCCACAUUAUAUCCUAAAUUAUCCCCGGCGGCAACUUCUCGAGGUGCUGGAACUCGAAAUAGUAUAAUUAGUGUAGAUUCCUAUUAUUCAUCAUCAUCAUCAAAUAAUACUUUAUACGACGAAGAAGAAGAAAUUAAAGAAAUUAUACCAAUGACGACUAUUUGCGUAGAACAAGAAAUUCAUAGAGUUGCUUUUAAAACUUUACAACAAAGUAUAGAUCUUUUAAAAAGUUUACCUAAUGACGAAGGUUUUGUUUAUGAAAGUAAGCACGUUCCUUCAAGUACAAUAGGAAAACAUGUAAGACACGUGUGUGAUCAUUUCAAAUCACUUUUUGAAUCAAAACCUUUAUCACUACAAAGAUUAGGAUAUACUACUGAUAAAUUUGAUUUGAUGGAUAAACCUCCGAAUUGGAAUUUAGAUUAUGAUAAUAGAAAUCGUAAAAGUUCAAUAGAGACUUCGCGUAUGUUAGCCAUUAAACAAAUAGAACAAUUACAAUCAACUAUUACAAAUGAUUGUACUACAGUUCCACUUAGUACACCAAUAAAUAUUAGUGUUACCGUUGAUUCCGAUCCAUUAAUAGAUAAUAGUGUACCGCUACAAUCAACUUACGGAAGGGAAUUGUGGUUUUGUUGUCUUCAUGCAAUUCAUCAUUAUGCCCUUAUUAGAGUAAUUUGUAUAGAACAAGAUCUUUCUUACCCAGAAAAUUUUGACUCUAUAGAGUCAUUUUCUUCUUCACCUUUUGGAAUAAAAUAUCUAUCCAGUGAUACGACAACAAAUACAACUUCAAAUUCAACAUCAUCUUGUGAUGUUAAUUAUUUCCAAUGUGGUGCCGGAUGUUGUAAAAAUGGAUGGGAAUGUUCUAAAUCAUUGAUAGAUUUUUGUAUUGUACAUUGCAGUUCGUCACCUGAUAUACCAUCUUGCGGUGAUGGCUGUUGUCAGGAAGAAGGUUACAUUUGUAAUACUACAGAUUUUAAAUGCUACGCUCCCACUUAUCUUUUUAUAAAAACAAGUGAUGGCUGGUCAAUAACAUUCAAAUCAUCAAAGUUUACAAUAUUUUUAAUAGUUUUUAUGACAUUAUCUUAUGUGAUGAUAUCAUAA